AUGGAUAGUACUUUUACCAAGGAGAGGCUUGAUAGGGAUGUUGCUAACCUCCAAUGGUCUGAAAUUUUUUGUGAUAGAAUGGUGGAAGCACUGACAGUAUCUCAAUCAGACCAUAAGGCAUUACUGCUAGACUUGAGACAACAAAAUUUUGUGUAUAAAAAGAAAAGAAGGGUAUUUAGAUUUGAAGCAAAGUGGACAAGGGAUGAGGAGAGAGUAUCUGUGGUAGAAAGGGCGUGGAUGAGGGCUGAAAUAGAUCAAAAUCCAGGUAGAAAUAUUCAAGGAAAGCUUAAUAGUUGUGAAGGAGGCUUAAUUAGGUGGAGUAAGUCAAGAGAGAAAGAGGCUGCUUUGAUUUUGAAGCAGAAAACCGAGAGGUUGAAGAGGGAACAAGAAAAUGAGGGGCCACAUAAUGGUGAACUAAUUAGAAAGCUACAAGAGGAGAUGGGGUCUUUGUUGGAGCAGGAAGAUUUAAAAUGGAGACAAAGAGCUAAGAAAACAUGGUAUCAAUUGGGUGACAAAAACACCAAAUUUUUCCACUCAUAUGCUACUCAUAGGAGGAAAAAGAACCUGAUAAAGGAAAUAAAAACGUUGAAGGUAGAAUGGUGA